CAGGGAGCGGGGCGGCUGUGGACAUCCGGGAGCCGCCACCUGUGGCUUUCCAGCUGUUGCUGGGAGUUGUAGUCCCCCAGCCUGGGGAAGGCUAUUUUGGUGACUCGUGGGGGGGUGAUUACUGGUGUUCUCUUGUAUCAGCCAGUGGAGGCUUGGUAUGUGGACAUGUCUGGAAGGCCUUGAUAAGAAUUCCUCUGGAGUGAGGUCUCCUGUGUUACACCCCAUAACACAUUGGUUGGGCUUAUGGAGGAACUCUAACACUUUCUGACAACCCACCGACAACUUCGAAAUGUGACGUUAGGAAGGGGUGUGGUUACCAAAUUUACCACGCUGUGCCGUAUAUAUAGUGACCAGUCAUAGUCCCUUCUCAGGUGUCCAUGACAGCUCUGGUGGGUCCUCCCUGUGGCUGGUGACGACGCUGGAUCUAUACUGACACAUGGCCCCCUGUGUACUCUAGUAGACAAGUUGUGAACCCUGGUGACAAUGUCGUCUGAUGGACUGUCAUCCAAGGCAUUGAAGGUGAAAAGAGAAAUGGGGGAAAAUACACCAGUGCUCUCCGACGAUGAAUUAAUGUCUAUGUCUGUUCGGGAGCUUAACCACCAUUUACGUGGUUUAUCCAAAGAGGAGGUAAUACGGCUAAAACAGCGGAGGAGAACCCUAAAGAAUAGGGGCUAUGCUGCCAGCUGCCGUGUCAAGCGUGUGUCACAGAAAGAGGAACUGGAGAAGCAGAAGAAUGACCUUCAGCAGGAGGUAGAUAAGUUGGCGCAGGAGAAUUCCACCAUAAAACUGGAACUGGACGCAUUGAGGGCCAAGUACGAGGCUCUGCAAAACUUUGCUCACUCAGUGUCCAGAGGCUCCGUCACUCCAGCUAAAGUGGCUGCCACCAGUGUAAUCACCAUUGUGAAGUCCUCUGGGAAUUCUUACUCUUAACACAGGCAAUAGAACAUUGCUUGAGAACCCAAAUCCCAUCUCACAUUGACAAGACCUACAAGCCACGCACCAGAUAGCGGCCUCCCAAAGACUUACAUAUUCAUCAGUAUGAGACUUCCAUAAUUCACCAAUCCGAACCUGUCCCUUCCAACAGGAAGAUGUCGGUUUCACACAUCUGGAAAUAUUUCAGUUAAGGAAAGCGGUGGGGUUUGUCUUAAAGUAAACCUAACACAACCUAUGUCAACUAUAAUUCUGAUUAUCUUGUGUACCGGUUGUUUAGCUGCAUUGUAUGGGAACAUGUAACAUUCCAUCUCGGAGAGGAUCUAUAAACCCCAAAGUCAUAUAUUAUAUAACAUUAAGUUAAUAUUUAAUUUAUUUUCACAUUAUUUAUUCUAAUAUAAAAUGCUACAGAUUACGUGUAAGACAGGUUUACUUUAAGAAACAAUCUACAUGCUUUGUUUCCAUAAAUGGCAAAUGAACCUUUCUACAUAGGCUGUGCUGGUCCUUGUGGAGCUUGCUUCAGGAUUUCUAAUCCUCAGGAUUUUGGUCCAACAGAACAUAAAGGAAUUUGAGUGAAAAAUCAUACAAAGGUAAAGGGAAUGUGAAACUAGAAAGAAAUCAAGAUGUAGUAAAGGAUGUGGAAGUCGGAGAGAGCGAGAAUGUUAAUUCAAGGGGAAAAGAGCGAUCAUGUAUGUGUUAGACAUUUAUAAUGUGCACUGUGCACCUUGAGAGGGAUGGGACUACUGAAUCAGGUCAGAAGUUCCCCCAGGAGAAGUGUCCCUUUUACAGUAGAUAUAGCAAACCAAUUAUAACCGUUUUGCUCAAAUAUGACUGACAAUAUAGUCAACACAGCUACUGUUAUACGAAAUAUAGUGCCCGGCAAGAAUGAUAGUAUCUUCUACCUGCCCCUGCACCAAGCCUUUUUUUUUUUUUAGGGGUUGUGAAGGAUUACCUUAGUUUUUAAAUUCCAACCCCACCUCACAUGACACAUGUGAAGAGACACAUACUUAUCUGCUCCCUGCUGCAUUGGCGCACGUGACUCUAUCUAUGCUGAGAAUUUAUAGACGGGCAUUUAAGUGCGGUGAAGUAGGGGUUCCCUGGAAAUGGCAAUGAGUAUUGAGGGGUUCCACCAUGGUAAUAAGUUUGGAAAUCCCUGGGGGGUCAUAGAUGUUUCUAUAUUAUAUGUAUAUGUAAUUCAGAGAUGGAAAAUGGCAAGUAGUCAGUGAGGCUAUAAAGUCUAUAGUAUAUUGGUCCGGAAGAGGUAAAAAUCCAGACUCCUUAAAAGAGUUGGUCGAGUGAAAUAAAUACCCAGGCAGCAGUUGUAUAUAUGAUAAAAUAACAAAAGCGAUACCUUCUCUGCUGCUUCCAGCGCUUUUCAGUGGUGUAGGACCGAAGCCGUCAUCUUCCUGGCUACAGCAGUGAUGUGCACACAAGUCACUGGCCUCAGCUGUAUAACAUGUGACAUCAUUGCUAAGCCAGUGAUUGGUUGCAGCAGUGACAUGGUGUGCACGGAACAUCACCGCUGCAGCCAGGAAAGCAAACACCGGAGGACCAGAGCAUGACUGAGAGGGGUAAAUACCACUUCUUCUGUUAUUUCAUUAUAUUUACUGCUGCUGCAUGAGUUUUAUAUAACUGACGACCCAUUUAAAUCCGCUGAGAUAAGAGCUGUGUUUUACAGUGUCUCUCAAGGAUAUAAUCCUAAUAAAAAUUCUAUAUUUUUUGGUAAUAUGGGCUAUUGGUUGUAAUGACAGGAAGUUGAAAAGCAGCCUUGAUAGCGAUAUAUAACCCAUGUGUCAUCUGCAUGUUCUUAUUAUUAUUAAUUAUGUGCAUUAACAGCCCAGGAAGAGAUGGAACUCUGCUUAUAGGAACCCCCGAGAAGACCUUCAGGGCAUGACCAUCAGGCGCAUUAUUUAGUUGGUCUGUAUUCUUAAUGGCCAUACGGAACAUUCGAUACUGCUUGGUCAUUUACAAUACAGGCCCACUAAACAGUGCAGUCUCAUUAGUUUAAUUAGAGUCCGCUGCGACCUGUACUGCUGCAUGGUACUUGAAUGCAGAAUGCUGUGUCGCAACGCCAUACGUGUUUGAAUCACCUAUGAUGGACGCUGGACAGGGCAGGAAGCGCAGAAAUAUGAAAGGAAAUAUAUGAAACGCAACAUGAUGUAUUUAUGAUGGCCUCAGCAAGGGUGACUUAAUGUUUGGAUAAUAAAUGCAGGAAUAAGGGAAAGUGGCUCCUACUAAUGUAAGAAGUAGGAACGGACUGUUAAACGAGUGGACAGCGAGUAGGACCAUAAAUCCUAUGGGACACAAAACUGCAAGCAAUCUCCACCAGGAACCCAAAUCCUUCUUAAGGCCUUAUUCACAUGCUUACAAUUUUUGCUGCAUUUUAAGCAUUUAUGGUGGCUUAUUUUUUAUUUUUUUGGAUAACAUUUAAAACAUGUCUAUUUUUUAAGUCCUAUAGAGAAGCCUAUGGGGGAAAAAAAUGGCAAAAAGCCAUACCUAGAACAAGCUGCAUUUUGGAGGAAAAGAAAGCCACAGAUGACAAAAAAUGUUUUAAAGUUUAUAGUAAAAUAUAAAAUGUAGUACUUAAAGUAACAUCUGGCAGCAGCCAGAAAAAAAAAAAGCAAAAAAAACAAAAUGCUGCAAAACAAUGUGAAGCCUAGCCGCAAUGUGUGAGGUCAUGCGCGGCGUCCCGGCUAGGGACUCAUGCUGAUGCAUACGGAUACUGGUGCAAGGUACUUUAAUGUCUUUCUGACAUCACGCUGUAAUAUUACUGUAAGUUUUAAAGUGGCCAGUUUUGAGCAUAUGACAAGUACCCCGCUCCCGCUUGUGAUGUUACUGACGGCGAGAUGGGUCUGCUCCACUCUUUCGGAGAAACUCAAAAAAAAAUAAAAAAUACCUUAUUAGCUGCUUAAUAAAAAUCAGUUUGACAAAAUAUGGGACAGAGAAAUUCACAUUGCUGGGGAGGGGGCGAGUCACAGACCUCAAUUUUCCAGGCCAUUUCUCUCUGAUUAUCCCGGUUGCCCUUAUUUGCUUUCUUAUUUAUGUUUGAGACGUUUUAUUUUUCUUCAUAUUUAUAUAUUUUUAUUUUAAAGAAUUUAGGGUAAAGGGUGGGAAAUGCUUAUUUUAAAUGUUUGAUAUGUCUCAUAGGACAAUUGAUUUCUGUUAAUGGUAAUUGAUAAUGAUAGCAUUACUACUUGAGCGUAGAAUUAGUGGGAUUCGUAAAUUUCAAUGUAAUUGACAGGCACAAGUCCAGACGCUUUAUACCAUUCUUUCCGUCACAAGCAGAUACUCUAUACCUGCUCACUGGUCACCUAUUGACAGCAAUAUACAGAAACACUUGAGGCUACUUGCCAUAGCCAGAUAUGUUUAUUAGAAAGCCACACUGCAAAAAGUUAAAGGUGUUGUCAGAGAUUAGAAAAAGGGUCUGCUCUGUCUCAGAAACAGGACCACUCAUGUCCAUGGGCUGUCUCUGAUUGCAGUUCUCUUGACCAUAGAGGGGCUGCAGUGCUAGACACGCCAGUGGCGCUGUUUCUGGAAAAAGAGCAGACUUCUUUUUUCUUUUUUUCCAUUCCUUUAUGACCCCCUUCAAACACCCAAUGGACAGUCAUAAUUCUGCCAUUUCCUUGACGUACUACUAUCAGAACACAGAACCUUAAAAGCUGUGAAGCCUUAGCUCCGCAUAGCUGGUCUACAGCCCUGUAAUUGAAGGGGUUCUCUGCUGUCAGGCAUCCUUUCCAUGUGUCUUCUGAAGGCAAGUCUAUUAGGAAAUCCCCUGUUUUUAGUAGCAUCUGGAGUAAUUAAAAAAAAUAUAGAAUUUGAAAUUCCCUGUAGUUGUUGCCAUUAGCAGUCUGUUGUAUUCUGCACCGUAUUUGGCCUGGAAUACAUUUGCUUUGCAAUGUUGCAUUCAGAGUGGCUUUUUUAAUCAUACCCAAAAGCAAUUAAAGCCAAUAUGUGUGUUAAACAUAUACCCCAAAAGAGAUGCUCCUCGAUAAUGGAUAUAGUUCAUGCCAUUCUGCAAAUUCCAGCUGGUGUACCUAUCUGCUCUAUCCAUUACUCUCUUAUUUUGACUAGCAGAUGUGGCUUUCUUGGCAAGAUGAGGGUUAAUUCCAUUUCUGACCCUUUAGUUGAUCAGUUGCUCAUUUUUUAACAGUGGGCCACUCGCCCAUGGGUCACUUGGUGGUUACCCAGCUCCUUUAUCAAUCCUAUUACCAGCCGAGGCGUGUGGCAUAUUUCAGGUGUAGUAUCUGUGUGUGGGUCAGAUACAAGUGCACAGUACUUAUUCUGUAUUACGAGUCACAUGUAUUGAACAUUUUCAUAUAUCUAAUAUAUGUGUGUAUAUAAAUAUAGUGAAUGCUAUUUAUUUUUCUGAAGCAUUUUAAAGUCCCUUUAUAAGUGUAUUUUAUAUUGUUCGAAUAAAGCAUUUUUUUCAUGUAAA